CAGAGAGAGAGGAUCUGAAACAUGAACGACAUCAAGCUCGCCCUGCUCGGGAGCCAAGGGGCCGGGAAGUCAGCUGUCCUCGUGCGGUUCCUGACCCGGCGCUUCAUCGGGGAAUAUGCCUCCAACGCCAAUUCCCUGUACCAUAAAAGGCUCUCGAUUGAUGGGCGACAGCUGAAUCUGGAGGUGUUUGACCCCUGCUCUCAGAGCUCGGAGGCCAGGUGCAUCCUGGAGGAGCCGGUGGAUUGGGCCGAUGGCUUCGUGGUGGUUUACAACAUCAGCGACCGCUCCUCCUUCAUCGACGCCAAGAACAUCCUGUUGCAGAUCCGAGAGGCGCGCAUGGAAAACUGCAAAGGGGAGGUGGAGGUCCCGGUGUGUCUGGUGGGGAACAAGCAGGACUUGUGUCACGCCCGGCAGGUGUGUGAGGCGGAGGGCCGCUGCCUUGCUCAGGAGCACCGCUGCCACUUCCAGGAGGUGUCGGCGGCCGAGAGCUACCAGGACAUCUCUGCGCUCUUCACACAACUCAUCCGACAGGUGAUGGAGCUCCUGAAGUACAGAGCCGACCGGCGGCGCUACAGCGGCUCCAAGUCCAUGGCCAAGCUCAUCAACAACGUGUUCGGCAAGAGGAGGAAGUCAGUGUGAGCGGAAGGAAGCAAGGAGGGUGUGUGAGGAGACGUGUUAAAGGGAAGGUGUUCAAAUCUCACUCGUCACCGGCUUGAGCUUCAAUCUCAGGAUCCAUGUAUUUGUGAUCCUCUCCAGAAUGGAAGUAGUCAU